AUGGACUCGAAACCUGCACAACAGUUGCCAUCACCACCCGCCAAGAUGCCGCGACGAACCUACAACAUCGCUAUGGUCAGCGAUUUCUUCUUCCCCCAACCGGGAGGAGUCGAAAGCCAUAUCUACCAGCUUGCUACCAAACUAGUCGACCGCGGCCACAAGGUCAUCAUCAUCACCCACGCUUACGAGGAUCGCAAGGGUAUCCGCUGGCUGACCAACGGCAUCAAGGUCUUCCACGUCCCUUUCGCCGUCAUCUACAGAUCUGCUACCUUCCCGACCGUCUUCUCCUUCUUUCCCCUCUUCCGCAAUAUCAUCCUCCGGGAGCGCAUCGAGAUCGUCCACGGACAUGCGAGCUUGAGCAGUCUGUGCCAAGAGGCUAUACUACAUGCCAGGACCAUGGGCUUGCGAACCGUCUUUACAGACCAUUCGCUCGUGGGCUUCGCUGAUGCUGCAAGUAUUUUGACUAAUAAGCUACUCAAGUUCACCCUCAGCGACGUGGAUCAUGUCAUUUGCGUCAGUCAUACAUGCAAGGAGAACACCGUCCUGCGAGCCGCUCUUGAUCCCCUGAUGGUCUCCGUCAUCCCCAACGCCCUCGUCUCGGCCAACUUCAAACCGCUCCCCCGACCCGAGCCAGGGAGCCUGCCGUUCACUCAACAUCCUCUGCCCGCGCACCCACUCGGUCCUAGUGAUACCCUUACCAUUGUGGUGGUCAGCCGUCUAUUCUACAACAAAGGGACGGAUCUCCUUACUGCAGCGAUCCCCCGAAUUCUAGAGAAUCACCCAAACACACGCUUCGUCAUUGCCGGAUCCGGCCCUAAGGCGAUCGAUCUGGAACAGAUGAUCGAGCAGAACGUCCUGCAGGACAAGGUGGAGAUGCUGGGUUCUAUCCGACACGAAAAGGUGCGGGAUGUCAUGGUAAGGGGUCAUAUCUACCUUCAUCCCAGCUUGACCGAGGCUUUUGGCACCGUCAUCGUCGAAGCCGCGAGCUGCGGCUUAUACGUCGUCUGCACCGCAGUGGGCGGCAUUCCCGAGGUGCUGCCCUCUCACAUGACCGUAUUCGCCAAGCCCGAGGAGAAUGACCUGGUGGCUGCCACCGGCCGUGCAAUUGGUGCUCUCCGUGCGAAUAAGGUCCGCACCGAGAAGUUCCACGAGCAGGUCAAGACCAUGUACUCGUGGACGAAUGUUGCCAAGCGAACCGAAAGAGUGUACCGCGGUAUCUUUGGCGACAUCAGCGAUGACGAGUUCUAUGGCUACGAUGUCGGGAACGAAGCUCACUGGAGCGCCACCAGAGGACGCAACUUUGCCCUCAUCGAUAGGUUGAAGCGCUACUACGGAUGUGGAGUAUGGGCAGGAAAGCUGUUCUGCCUGUGCGUCGUGAUCGACUACCUGAUCUUCGUGCUCUGCGAAUGGAUAUGGCCAAGGAAACAGAUCGACUUUGCUCGGGACUGGCCGCGCAAGCCACCUGCGAGCGAUGAUGAUGAAUAG